AUGCAAUACUACACAACUCAACAACUUCAAGGGCACACCACGUUCAAACCUCACGUGCGGAUCGGAAAUUGGAACGAAGAUAUUGAACUUCUCAAUGAAAAGCAAAAAGAAUUUAUUCGUGCAAAGGAGGAGGGUUUGCUUCCUCAUCAAAUAAUGGAACGUAAAAUGAAGCAUCACUUGAGUCCAAUUCCUUUGACUGAGAAAAGAGAGAACGGUGCCAUUCAUUUUGGAGACAUUGUCAUGAUCAAGAGUGUAAAUACUGAAGGAAUAUUGUGUAUGGAUCUGGAUACAAUACUACAUCAUGUCAAUGACCGUUUCGCCUGUACAACCUCGACAUUGACAACAACUCCCUGUGCAAGAAAUUGUUUCAUUGUCGAGAAAGUCCCAAACGAUACCAGUGCUGACAUGAUCAUCCCUGAGGAGGAAAGUCACAUACUUCAUUACGGACAAAAAUUUAGAUUGAAAUGUGUCCCUCAAUUCCAUUCACCUAUAUACUUACGUUCGGAAAAACCUUCGCCAACUUGUUUUGCUUCUGGCACAUCUUCAGCAGAGAAAUGUCAGGAAGUCUCUGUAGACCAAGUGGUCAACUAUGAAACUGUUUGGAAAGUUCAAUACCUUCAUAAGGGAUAUCGAUUGGAGUACGAAGGCCAAAUGGUGAAUGUAAAUGAACCAAUAAUUCUUACACACUGUGCCACAAACCAGUGUUUGAGCUCAAAUAAGAGUAUUGUAAUGUUGAAUGAUUUUGGCAAAGAGUAUCAAGUUUUUUGUAAAACUUCGUUAACAAUUCACAAGACCGAGGACGUUUGUAAUCAUUUCAUGAUUUUGCAAGCAGAAAAUCAAUAA